AUGCUGCGCACAGACCAGCUGCGCACGGACCAACCACGCGCACCUCCCCUUCCUCCCCCCAUCUUCUCCCAGCUUGCCUCCGUCCAAAUCGGGAUCCAGGGAGCGACAACCCCCUUCGUCGACGAAAAAGCCUUCCUUCAGGCAUUCAAGGCCCGUUUUGGCAAUCUCGACGACGCCGCCGCGGCACAGGUGGAGCUUAACAAGCUCUGCUCCGACAAAACCAUGCGCAAAAAGCGCACCGCCGCAGAAUUCUCUGCGCUGUUCAAGGGUCCGGCGGACCGUUCCGGGUAUGGGAACCUGGAACUACGCGACAAGUACCUGAGCGGCAUCCCUUCCCGCGUCUAUCGCAAACUCGAGCUCGAAACCUUCACCACGUGGCAAGCCGCUGACAAGCGCGCCACCGAGGUCGAGCAAAUCCUCGACGUUAGCCGGGCUCGUCGGCCCGAGCUAAACAGCUUCUUCUCGGCACGGGGUCGAGGACGCGGAGGGGCACGUGGUGGUGCACCCUCGUCACACGCAGCUUCGGCCAGCAUCAAUGCGGCCAUCGGAAAAGGAAACUUCCCCGGCACAUGCUUCGGCUGUGGGAAGCAAGGGUACCGACGCUUCGAGUGCCCCAAUUGUAAGGACAAGCCUUACACAAAACGCGCCGACGCGCGGGCUACGGUUGCCUCGGGAUCCACCCAGGCCGCGACAAGCGCCCCCAUCACAACAACACCCUCGGCAAGUAUAAGUGCCGCUUCAGCGAAAUCCGAACAAUCGGAGCUGGCGGACUUAAUGGCACAGGUGAAGUCGAUGCGUGAGGAGCUCGAGCACUAUCGGGCGAUGAAGGAGGAGGGUUUUUGA